AUGGCUUCUGUCAAGUCUAUUCUCUUUGGGCUCUUUGCCAGCACCGCAUUGGCGUUGCCCUCUGUUCCCAUGUUCACCAAGAGACAACUACGAUAUCAUGAGCUCUCCAAGCGUCAAAACGAUGCUGCCGCUGCCGCUGGCCUUGACGACCCCAGUAUCUUGCAAUUUGCCUUGACACUGGAACAUCUCGAAAGCGCCUUCUACCGUGAAUCUUUCCUCACCAUCUCCGACGCAGAAUUCGCUCCCAUUGGCCUCGAAGGUCAGACUCUCGACGACGUCAAGGCCAUUGGCAAGACCGAGGCUGCCCACGUCGUCCUUCUCCAGUCCGCUCUCACAGCUGCAGGCUUCGCCCCUGUCCAGGAGUGCAAGUACGACUUCAAGGGCGCAACCGCCGAUCCAGCUGCCAUGGUCGCCACUGCUGCUAUUCUCGAGAGCGUUGGUGUGUCAGCCUACCUCGGCGCAGCACCGCUUCUGACCUCCCCUGCCAUCCUCGGCGUUGCUGGAUCCAUUCUUACUGUCGAGGCACGACACCAGACUGCUAUCCGAGUCUUCUCCAAGGCCAUUGCUGUCCCUCAACCUCUCGAUACCCCCCUUGGUCCUCGCGCCGUCUUCUCUCUCGCUGCGCCAUUCAUCACUGAGUGCCCUGAGGGAUCCAACCUUCUGGUCGAAGCAUUCCCAGCUCUGGACAUGGCUGCAGGCCAGACAGCUGAAGCCGCAACCAUCGGAUCCAAGGUCAAGCUUGCUUCCGCAGCUUCAGCGGGUGCUACCCACUGCGGCUUCACAGCCGGAGGUCUGUCUCCUGGCGGAACCAAGUUCACACCCUUCACUGAAGGAGAGGGAUGUGAGGUUCCCCAAGGCAUUGCAGGUGUUGUCUAUGUUACCCUGACCAGUGCCGGUCCUUUGGAGGGUGUUUUGUCUGAUGAUAUCACUGUGGCUGGGCCUAUGGUGAUGACCGUCUCAUAA